GCAGCGACUGUGCGUCACUCGCCCGUGACAAGAACAGACCGUGGUCAGCACUUGCUCCCAUCUCUCAGGGGGUUUAUCAAUCCUCCUUCUAUUACUGCUGUGCCGCCCUGCUCACUAACACACCGCUCUACUCACUCUCACCGACAAAUCUGAUUAUCCCCGGCAUCCGGAAUGAGCUCAGGAGAGGAAGACUACGAUGAACUCGGGUCGUCCAAAGGUCGCUUGGCCGAGGACGACGACGAUAAUCCCGCGUCGAAGAAACGCAGGAUCCAGAGGGCGUGCGACGUUUGUCGCAGGAAAAAGAUCCGAUGCGACGGGCCGACGAUGCCUAACAACCGCUGUUCGAACUGCCUCGCUUAUCACCACGAGUGCACCUAUAUCGAGGCAGCGAAAAAACGUGGUCCGCCAAAAGGGUAUGUGGAGGCACUUGAAAACAGAGUUGUGAAGAUGGAAGCUGUCCUUGCUCGUAUGUUCCCCGGAGAGGACUUUUCUGCCGAGAUCGGACCUCCCGUCAGCCGCGAGGCGUACAUGUCUGGUCGGCCUCCACCUGCCGAGAAGCCCCAUUCGCUGCUCUCCAAGCUCGGGCAGCACAGUUCCCAAACUCGCCAGGCGCCCGCUGGGAUCCCCCUUCCCGUCAAUCCAGACCCGAAGGAGGACGAUCUCUACAGCUCAGACGACGACCUUAUCAUCCAGGGCCCGCUUACAGAGCGAAUGAAAAAUAUAGACAUUACGGGUCAAAGACGCUAUCACGGCAAAUCCAGCGGGUUCAUGCUCGUCGCUGCCGCGCGCGACCUGAAGCGUGAGUAUACGGGUGGUCCUCCCGCUCAUCUCGACCUUGAGGUCCCUGUUGAGCACACGUUGCGGAACCGUCGGCCCGAGUUUUGGCAGCCUUACGAAUGGGAACUCCGUACCUGGGCGAACCAGGAAUGGCGCGUUCCCGUCGAGUGGCCAGAGGAGGAUCUCAUGAACUCCCUCAUCGAACUCUACUUUGAAAACUCGAACAACUUUUGGCCCCUUCUCCAUCGACCCACGUUUGACAAGCUCUUGGCGGACAAGCUGCACGAGCGCGACAUGUCCUUCACAGCCGUGGUGAUGCUCACCUUGGCUGUUGGGUCGCGGUACAGCGAUGAUCCCCGCGUUCUAAUCGAUCCCAACGCGACUACCCGCCAUUCCGCAGGGUGGAAAUAUUUCGAACAAAUCAAGAAUUUCAGAAAAACAAUCAUGGCCCGACCCUCGCUCUUCGAUCUCCAGAUAUUCGUCUUGUCCUGCAUCUUCCUCCAGGGCUCCAGCGUGCCCCAUGCCUGUUGGACCGUCGUCGGUGUCGGCCUUCGUUUUGCCCAGGACGUUGGCGCCCACCGUCAGAAAUCGUACCGUGGUGGCGAUAUGGUGGACGACGAGCUCUGGAAACGCGCGUUUUGGUGUCUUGUAGCCAUGGACAGGAUGGUGAGCUCGGCCCUGGGCUUGCCUUGUGCGAUCCAUGACGAGGAUUUCGAUGUCGAGUUCCCACAUGAAUGCGAUGACGAGCACUGGGAACCGGACGAAAAUGGAAAACGGUUCGUACAGCCGAACAACAAGCCGUCCAAGGUGUCGUUCUUCCUCUGCUACCUGAGGCUUAUGCAGAUCCUCGCGUUUGCCUUGCGUACUAUCUACUCGAUUAACAAGUCCAAAGUGUUGCUCGGCUUUGUCGGUGCACGCUGGGAACAGCACAUCGUUGCCGAGCUUGAUUCGGCCCUGAACAAAUGGAUCGAUUCUGUUCCCGCUCAUCUAAAAUGGGAUCCGAGCGUUGAGGAUUCUCUCUGGUUCGACCAAUCAGCUACUUUGUUUUCGACAUACUACCAGCUUCAGAUCCUCAUCCACCGUCCGUUUAUCCCCUCCCCUCGUCGGCCGUCUCCGCUCUCCUUCCCCUCCUUGGCUAUAUGCAGCAACGCUGCCCGUUCAAGUGCGCAUAUAUGCGAGCAUGUCCGGCGGAGAAAAGCCACCAUACUCCCCGGAAUCAUCGUUUCCGCCUUUACGUCGGGUAUCGUUCUCCUCAUCAACGUCUGGGGGGGCAAGAAGACGGGCAUGAAGCUGGAUCCCACCUCCCAGCUUCAGGACACGCACAACUGCAUGCAAGUGCUCAAGAUGGCGGAGCGUUCGUGGAAUUCCGCUGGACGACUCUGGGACAUUCUCUGCGAACUUGCUUCCUUCGGCGACCUCCCCCUUCCUCAAGCCAGUCCACCCGAUUUCACCGGAUCCAAUAAACGCGAACGCAGUUCGGAGAACUCGCCUGGUGCCGCUCAGAGCUCGUCUACCUCGUCAACAACCCUUCCUGUUGACGGUGUUCGGCCAAUCGCCAAGGCCCCCACGCGCUCGACGAGCAAUUCCUAUUCCAACUCGCCUGCGGCUUCGGCGUCAUUCCCUCCCUCGGUGACUGCCACCCCUCCGGAAGGAUAUCGGAACGUUAACAAACCGACCGUGAUCUCUCCCGACUCUUCGACGCCCUCCUCUACGCUGCCUUUGCCUCCGGACGGCGGGUAUCCGUCAAUGGACGUCAGGAGCUCAGCAUACAACGAGGCGAUGGGCAACUACGUCUCCCCUACGGCUCCGGCAUCUAACGCUCAGUCCUCCACUUGGUUCGUAGAUCCUCAGGGACCGCAGAACACCACACCAAUUACUUCUGGUAGGGAUACAUCCACUUUCAGCUACCCUCAGCUGCAGGGCGACGCUCUCAUGUCUCUCUUUGGCUCCGAUCCGAUGUCUUUCUUCGCUGAACCAAGUCAGUCCUUCAACCGAGCAGAAGAAAGGACGUCCGGUCCUUCCCAGUCUCCAGGAGGCAUGUCCUACGUCUCGAAUGGAGAACCUUCAGUUUUUAACGACAUGCCCACGCCACCACAAACUUGGCCAGGUCAAAACUUUCUUGGCAUUCCUCAGCCGCCAACGCCCGGUGUAAGCUCAUUUGCCAACGCGGCUAGCGGAAUGCCUGCUUGGUCAGGUGGGCCCUACGGAUUUGGUUUUGAGUCAUGGACGCAGUAUUUCAGUAACCAAGUGGGGACGCCUUCACAAGGCGCUCCGAGUCCCCGUCCACCACCGUAA